AUGAAGCAAAGCAUUUUCAUGAGGGUUUUGUUCUGCAAGAUUCAUUGUCCAUUCAUAUGCCUCUGCAAACCUUCAGCUGCUGCUCAUCUCUAUAAUUCUGGGCCAUUGAAAUUGGAAAGUACCCCACCAGAAGCCCCUUCCAGAGUUGUUUCCGUUUCUGAUAGCUCUGAUCAGUCGUCCACUGAAGCCCCUAAGAUAAAGAAAGAAGAAGACAUUCCAGACGGGAAGGAACAGGUUGAGAAUGUCCUUAAGAGCUGUAUGAAGAAGGCCCCAACAAGACCUUCUGAUCCUUUAAAAGAGGUUGAAAAGAAGAGAGUGCAAUGGAUGGAUAACUUAGGUAAAGAGCUUGUUGAGACCAAGGAAUUUGAAUCCAGAUAUGGAUCAAUUAUGUUUGAUUGCCAUUUGUCUGACCAGAAAGAAGUACUAUCCAAGUCUGUUCGAGCAUUAGCUUGA